CAGUGUUUAUGCUGACUUGAUACCGCGUUGUUUAUUUCGUUUAACCAGGAUGUGUGAAACACAAGGAAGGCUCGACGGUAAAGUGGCGAUCGUCACCGGCGGCAGUUCCGGGAUCGGUUUUGAAGCUGCUAAGAAUUUAGCUUAUCGAGGUGCGAGGGUUAUUAUCGCCAGUCGAAACGCUACUAAACUUGUCAAAGCUAGAAACAGAAUACGAAGUGUCACCGGUAAUAAAAAUGUAGUGGACAGAGUUCUUGAUUUAGGAUCGCUAAAAUCUGUUAGGAAUUUCACUGACUUCACAAUCAAGACAGAAGAAAGACUCGAUGUGUUAGUCAACAAUGCAGGAGCUCUUGGACUAUCAGAUCGACUAACAGAAGAUGGAUUAAACCUUACCAUGCAAGUGAAUUACUUCGGUACAUUCUUACUGACGUAUCUAUUGCUGCCUUUGUUAAAAGCAUCAGCUCCGAGCAGGAUUAUAAACGGUGUUGCAGUAGCGAUGUACAUCGGACAUUUAGAUUUCGACCAUUGGAACGACGUUGGAUAUACUAACGUUCAAGUAAUGGCUAACUCGAAGUUAGCAAUGGAUUUAUUUAAUGCAGAAUUAAGUCGACGCUUAAAAGAUGAUGAAGUUACUGCAAAUACUUUUGACCCAUAUAUAACAAAAGAUACGGAUAUUUUGAACAACAUGGAAGGACUUUCUAGGAAUAUUUCUCAAUUAUUUGUUGAUAUAGUGGGCCAGCCUAAGGAAGACGUUGGUAAGCAGAUCGCAAUGUUGGCAGCAGACCCUGAUAUGGCAAAUGUAACUGGCAGGCAUUAUAAAUUUUGUAGAGAAUGGAUCAAUCACUGGUUGGCGUAUGAAGAGGAUUUUACUAAACAACUUUGGGACGCAUCAAAGCAAGUUGUAAAUAUAACAGCGGACGAGGACUGGGAUGUUUAAUACUCGUGAGUGAAAACAUUUGCAUGGCUUAGAGGGCAGCAGAGUCGUGAUAAUUUUAAACUUUCGAAAAUAAAUAAUGAAACAAAAAAAUGU